AUGCUAAAAGACUGUACGUUUUGCUCUAUUCCAGUGCCUGAUGACCUCUCCAUAGAAGAAAGAGAAGAGCUUUUAAAUAUUCGCCGCAGGAAAAAAGAACUGAUUGAUGAUAUUGAGAGAUUAAAAUUUGAAAUUGCUGAGGUUAUGACAGAAAUUGAUAAUCUGACUAGUGUAGAAGAAAGCAAAACUACACAAAGAAAUAAGCAAAUAGCCAUGGGAAGAAAGAAAUUCAACAUGGACCCUAAGAAGGGAAUACAGUUUCUGAUAGAAAAUGACCUCCUGCAGAACACUGCAGAAGACAUUGCACAGUUCCUUUAUAAAGGAGAAGGAUUAAAUAAAACGGUAAUUGGAGAUUACCUCGGUGAAAGAGAUGAAUUUAAUAUUAAAGUUCUUCAGGCUUUUGUUGAACUCCAUGAGUUCGCUGAUCUCAAUCUUGUGCAGGCCUUAAGGCAGUUUCUGUGGAGCUUCAGACUCCCAGGAGAAGCUCAAAAAAUUGAUCGUAUGAUGGAAGCUUUUGCUUCACGCUAUUGCCUUUGUAAUCCAGGAGUCUUCCAGUCUACAGAUACAUGCUAUGUGCUUUCGUUUGCAAUCAUUAUGUUAAAUACCAGUCUGCACAACCACAAUGUAAGAGAUAAACCAACAGUAGAGAGGUUUAUUUCUAUGAAUCGUGGAAUUAAUGAAGGUGGAGACCUUCCAGAAGAAUUACUACGGAAUUUAUAUGAAAGUAUUAAGAAUGAGCCGUUUAAAAUUCCAGAGGAUGAUGGAAAUGAUCUAACGCAUACAUUUUUUAAUCCAGAUAGAGAAGGUUGGCUGCUGAAAUUAGGAGGGGGAAGAGUAAAAACAUGGAAACGGAGAUGGUUUAUUCUGACUGAUAAUUGCCUGUAUUACUUUGAAUACACAACAGACAAAGAACCUAGAGGAAUUAUUCCGUUAGAAAAUCUUAGCAUAAGAGAAGUUGAAGACCCUAGAAAGCCAAACUGCUUUGAGCUCUAUAACCCCAGUCAUAAAGGUCAAGUAAUUAAAGCAUGUAAAACUGAAGCUGAUGGUAGAGUGGUGGAAGGUAACCAUGUAGUGUAUAGAAUAUCUGCUCCCACUCCAGAAGAAAAGGAAGAGUGGAUUAAAUCGAUCAAAGCAAGUAUCAGCAGGGAUCCCUUUUACGAUAUGCUGGCAACAAGGAAACGAAGAAUUGCAAAUAAGAAAUAG